AAAACGGCCGGUACAACUGCCCCCUGCAGACACACCUACCGCCCCAAUCCCUUAUCUUUCUCUCGAUCUCUCGACUUGGACGUCACUCCUCUCCGCUCUGAUUCCUUAAAACGCAGCGUUUCACUGCCCCCCAAAACCUGCUUCUCUCUUUCUCUCUCUAGAAUUUCUUCUAGGGUUUCUCAGUCUAUUGAUCGAACCAAGACUUGGACUUUUCAGAACCCACCUUAAAUUCAUCGCCCCAUACACGCCAUUCAUUCUAUUCCUACCUGCGUUUCGUCGCCAAGCCCCACUGGGCCACAGUAUUGCAGGUUAAUACAGCUAGCUUUGGAUGCUGAGAGAGAAUCAUGUAUUCAGAACUUGUGGACAUUCAACCUCGAGAACUCAAAUUCACAUUUGAAGUGAAGAAGCAAAGCUCAUGUUCUAUUCGACUGGUCAAUAACACCUAUCACCAUGUCGCUUACAAGGUUAAAACCACCUCCCCAAAGAAAUACUGUGUGAGACCUAACACAGGCGUUCUUAAGCCAAAUUCAACAUGUGAUUUUACAGUCACAAUGCAAGCUCAACGGUCCGCCCCUCCUGACAUGAUUUGCAAAGACAAGUUCUUAGUUCAAAGCACAAUUGUUCCCGCUGGGACAAGCGAUGAGGACAUUACACCUGGCAUGUUUUCCAAAGACAGUGGAAAAUACAUUGAAGAGAAUAAGUUGAGAGUGAUCUUGAUCAGCCCACCCAAUUCACCAGUGCUAUCACCGAUCAAUGGAGCAUUGACGCAGGUUCCAGUUUAUGAAGCUUCACUGCCAAAGGAUGAAGUACUAAGUAGAGUCGAGAUUGUUGCCCCACAUCACGUAGUUGCUAAGGAUGAGGAGUCUGAAAUGGUUGAUGAGGAAUUAAAACCAGCAGCCGAACUGGUUGAUGAGGAAUUAAAACCGGCAGCUAAACUGGUUGAUGACAAGGAAUUAAAGCCAGUGGCUCAAAAGGUGGAUACCGAGGAAUUGAAGCCAAUGGCCCAAAAGGUGGAUGAGGAAUUCAAGACAGCAGCCCAAGUGGCUCAAAUGGUAGAUGACAUGGAAUCAAAGCAAGCAAAGGAUGUGGAGGAACUGAAAUUGGUUAAAGAUAUAGAGGAGAUGAAGUCAAAACUAAAUCAACUUGAGUCAAAGCUAAGUGAGGCUGAAGUUACCAUUUCAAAGCUAACAGAAGAGAGGAGGUUAACCAUUCAAGAGAGGGAGAAUCUACAACAAGAACUAGCAGUGUUUCAAAGCAAGAGAAGUGGAAGGAGAGCUCAGGCGGGAUUUCCUCUUCUAUUUGUAUGUAUGGUGGCACUGGUCAGUAUCAUGCUUGGAUACCUUUGUCACUCUUGAAUAGGAACAACCAGUAUGAAACGAAGCCAUAAGCAGAGACGACCACAGAAGAUUUGUAAGUAAUCAGAAAUGUAGUCGGUCUCCUCUUAACCUAAUAUGCAAAAUAGCAUGGAGGGAAAGUUUGUUUAGUGUAGCCAAUCCUCACCAGGAUCAUAAAUAUUUUUGUGUGUAUAUGCAGAAGGUUUUAAGAUAUGCUGAAGGAUGGCCUGAGAAAUAUGAUGUUAUGAGAACUAAAAAAGGAAACAUAUAUGAAUGAGUUGGGUAGGCAAUAUCUCAUACUGUUGGUCUCUUAAAAGUGGUCAUUUUGUUUUCAUCAGGGAAAAUGGGAUAGGAGAAGAAACCCAUUUGUAGCAAGCUUAUGUUCUUCUACAAUAGCCCACCCUUUUACCGUAUAUGAAUAAAGGGAAUGAGUUUUCAAGUCA